AUGGGCAACGGCCAGGGAAAGCCCGUCGACCUGACCGGCGAAGCCAACCUCAACCACUUCCGCUUGCUGCGAGUGGUCGGCCGAGGCGCCUUCGGCAAGGUCCGCAUUGUCGAGCGCAAAGACACCAACCUGACGUUUGCACUGAAAUACAUCCGGAAAGAUGAAGUUGUCAAGUCUGAGAGCGUCCGAAACAUUAUCCGCGAGCGACGAAUGCUGGAGCAUGUCAACCACCCCUUCAUCUGCAACUUGCGAUACAGCUUUCAGGACAUCGAAUACAUGUACCUUGUCGUCGAUCUGAUGAGCGGCGGCGAUUUGCGAUUCCACAUCUCCAGAAAGACUUUUACCGAAGAGGCUGUCCGUUUCUGGAUCGCCGAGUUGGGCUGCGCCCUCCGCUAUGUCCAUUCCCAGAACAUCAUCCACAGAGACGUUAAGCCAGAUAACGUCCUUCUCGACGCGGAGGGGCAUGUCCAUUUGACCGAUUUCAACGUGGCUUCUGACAUCGUGCCGGGUCGUGUCAUGACUAGCAAGUCCGGAACACUGGCCUACCUCGCCCCCGAGGUCUAUUCGGGCAAGGGAUAUGACAUUCGUGCCGACUGGUGGUCACUUGGUGUCUUGUUUUAUGAGUGCAUUUACAACAAGCGACCAUUCGAGGGUAACAGCGAAUCUACGCUUAGCCAGCAGGUUCAGUUCUCUCAGCCAAAGUAUCCUGUCACGCAGCCCCCUGUCUCAUUGACGUGCCUCUACGCCAUUCGUGCCGCGCUUGAACGGGACCCCAACAACCGACUCGGCUCAACAUGGGAGAGCUUCAUCUACAAUGACUUUUUCAAGACAAUCGACUUUGAUCUGCUCGAGCAAAAGCGCAUCGAGCCCAUCUUUGUCCCCUCAUCGGACAAGACCAACUUCGACGCAACCUACGAUUUGGAGGAGCUUCUGCUCGAAGAGGCCCCUCUGGAGGCACGCGCAAGGCGACAGAAGCCCAGAGAGCGGCUCAAGGAAGAUGCCACCGAUCAAGAAAUUCGCGAAGACGAGCUGUACAGGAUGAUUGAGACAGAUUUCCGUCCGUUUGACUACACCCUUGCGGCUUACAGCAAAAUUACCGCCGCUCAGGGCGAGAACGGAGAGGCAGCGACGGGGGAGCCUCAAGCCAUCACAACAGACGAAGCUACGCAGAUGCCCUCGACGAACGAGCCACCGACCUACCCAGCACCGCCAGUGGACACCACCGUCAGCGCCGAUCGUCGGGCGCCCCCUCAAGGGCAGUCAUCUGCGUAUCCCGGACAAGUUCAAUACGUCCCUCGAUCACCGCCCACGAGCAAGCGAGUUACGAGCCCGACAGGUGGAGUGCAGUUGACGCUCGAUGGCGGAGGUAGUUGGUCUGAGCUAGCACGACAGGACGCCACGCUUCCCAAGGAUGCCAGCACCGUGGCCGAGACGAAGAGCGAAGGGUCGGGCGGCAUGUUUGGAUUCUUGAAGAGCAAGAAGGGGAGAACCAACAGCCCCAAGCCUAGAGAGCGUGGUGUGCUGGGCAAGGAAGGGGCCAGAGUGGUCAUUAGCUGA